UUUCACUCAUUAAUACAUUUUAAAAUGACUUUAAAAUAUUCAAUAUUACUACCCACAUAUAAUGAAAAAGAUAAUUUACCAGUUAUAGUAUAUCUAAUUCACAAAUACUUGGAAAUUAGCGAAAUUAAGUACGAGAUAAUUAUAAUAGAUGAUGGUAGCCCAGAUGGAACUUUAGAAGUUGCCAAACAACUUGAAACAAUUUAUGGAAAAGAUAAAAUUUUGCUCAGACCACGUGGGAAAAAACUUGGACUAGGCACUGCUUAUAUUCACGGGAUAAAACAUGCUACUGGAGAUUUUAUUGUUAUAAUGGAUGCUGAUUUGUCUCAUCAUCCAAAAUCUAUUCCCGAGUUUAUAAAAAAACAAACCGAACAAGAUUAUGAUGUUAUAACAGGAUCCCGAUAUAUAGGUAAUGGAGGAGUGUCCGGUUGGGAUUUCAAAAGAAAAUUAGUAAGCUGUGGUGCUAAUUUUAUCAGCCAAUUAUUAUUGAGACCCAAAGUAUCUGAUCUGACUGGGAGUUUUAGAUUAUAUAAAAAGCCAGUUUUAGAGAAAUUGAUAGAAACAUGUGUAUCAAAAGGUUAUGUUUUUCAAAUGGAGAUGAUGGUGCGUGCAAGACAACUGAAUUAUACAAUUGGUGAAGUUCCAAUAACAUUUGUAGAUAGAGUUUAUGGAGAAUCUAAAUUAGGAGGAUCAGAAAUUGUACAGUUUGUUAAGGCUUUGUUAUAUUUAUUUGCUACUACUUAGAUAUUUUUAAUUACAAAUAAUAAUUAUAUUAAUGUGGUCCUUAUUUAUAUUAUAAAAUGUAUUUAUUCAGUUUAUUUGCUGUUAAUAUUUGUAUAAUAACAUUGUUACUUAGGCCAUUAUGCUGUAAAUCAUAUAUUUUUCUUAAUUUGUGUCUUAUUAUUAUUAUUAUAUAUAUAUAAUAUAUAUAAGUAUAAAUAAAUAUAGCUUCCAGAGGUUCAUGUUAAAAAAUAUAAAAAUAUUUGUUCUUUUUGUUACAACCAUAAACAGGAUAGUUCAGUAAUAUCUCAAUAGAAAUAUUUCCUAAGAAUACCCAAAUAAUUGCUAUUUAUUAAUUGUUCAGAAAUUAAAAUAAAAGAAUAAGAAAUUUCCCUUUUAUAACCGGCGUAAAAACACUUAUUAAACAAAGUAUUUAAUAUGAUUCCUUUUAUUGAACUGAACUUACUUAAAGUUACAACAUAGUUAAAAAAAAAAACACGUUCAUUUUUUGUAUAUCCUGUAAUAAGGAUAAAGUACUUUAACUCUCAAAGUUGCACAGUAUUUGUACUAGAAUCUUUAUUGUAUUUUUCAUAAUUUUACCAAUUUGUUAUUGUUUAAAUGCCUGUGUAAUAGGUGUAAGAAAAAUUGAGGAAACCUAUGUAAUACAAACUGUGUAAUUAUAUGAGAAACAUUAAGUCAUGUAUAAGAAAAAUGAGAAAAACACAAA